AUGAUGGAUCUUCCAGUAGCUCUGGAGAUCAGUACCCCCGCUAGCCCUAAGCCCCCAGCCUCCCGCUUGGCUUCUAUGCGAGAGCCCCGACGGCCCCAAUCUCUCUUCUUCAAGCCCAGUUACACACAGUCUGCUUUCUACAGCCAAAUCGCCAACAUGGCCGACCUCAACACCCUUGAGGUCCCGAUAAAUUAUCAAUCUCUCGCCAUCUUGGCUAUUUACCUUUCCACCGCAGCAAUCCUCGCCCUCACAUGCUGCAACAUCAUCUAUUUUCGGUAUCAAGCACGCAAGAAAAACAAUGACUGGGCCACACCCCAGCGACGCACGCAAUUCUUUCUUUUCGCUUUACUGGCGGUUCUGAGCCUGUCUUUCACCUGGUAUCACAUGUUCAUGGUAUUCAUCCAUUCAUACACCAACUGGGCAACCAGUCCCGAGGGCAUGGCCUACUCAAACGUCGAAAUGCCAUUCAUCGUCCGAAUGGGCCUUUGGCUGAAGAACACAUACCUAUUCCAGGAAGCCUGGGAGACGGUAUCAGAGACCUCCAUCCGAUUCUGGUGGAGUGGCCAAAUCUUCGGAUGGACGAUUGGAUGGAGCGUGUUCCUCGGUAUCACUGGUCGACGAUACCGUAUCCCCCAUGUUUGGGUAUACAUGCUUCUGGCCCAAUUCGUCGCUGUAUCUUUUGCAUCGAAUCUCUUCUUUGCUACUAUCCUCGUCUCCCAACGACCAAACAAGAAGGAUGUCACCUUCACUUGGUCACCACCAUUGAUAUUCGAGCUCCUCCCCGUGACAUUAUCGCUUCUUGAUACAGUGGCUGUUCCGAUCUUUGCGCAUAAGAAGGAGUUUAUGCCGCUCCUGCUUGCGCCGCAUCUUUUGGUUUUUGUUCCUUGUUUGCUUGGUCCCAGUGUCUCCUCGAAGGCUACCAAGGCGCAGGGAGACCAGACUACUCGUCGAUAUGUUGUUUUCAUUCAGUCGAUUGGGGCAGCUUUUGUUGUUCUGCAGGCUUACUUCACUGCGUUGAUGUUGCAAGAUAUUGGGUCAGAUGUGUCGUAUGUCGAGGUGGCUCGACUACUACUGGAUGCGAUAUAUGCCCACCCGGCUUGCAGUAGCGUGAGCUGGGAUGUCAUCUUUUGUACCUCGAGUGCUAGUAUCUGGGCUCUUGUGCAUGGAUUUGACGCGAGUCAAAUGCUUGGUGGACAGUGA